ACAUACUCACUGUCACCAAGUCAUCCUCCUGAGGCUGGUUAGCAACAAGUGCUUGACAUCGAUCCGUACACUCAGCCCAGGCUUGAAGGCACCCUUCUCCCUGGAGCAGCAGUGAGUGCUCGAGGUGCUGCCUUAGCAGGUGAUGCAGCUUCAGGACAGAUCCACACCAUGGCAGAGCAGAGCCUGUACAAAAACAAAGUGUGCACAGACCUGGCAAGGCGCUGCUUUGGGGAAAUGCGAAGGCUGCUGGCGAGGGAAACUGAGGCAGAGUGCAGGAGGGCUUGCCGGCCUCGGGGCUGGUAACCGGCAAAGCUGGUGGCUUGCAGGAGCAAGCGGGGGCUUUGUUCUCAGUGUAAUAUCCCCGCACUGAGGCCUGCAGUGCCACUUACUCCCAGGGUUCUCGGAGUUUUAGCUCUUUGAAGGGAUUCUGCAGGUACUGGUACCUCUUUCGGCAGAGAAGGCGGAGCUUCGGUGCUCCCUUGUGCUGUGGGCGAGCAAGCCCCCAGCGCAGACGCUUCUUCACCCCGAAGCUCGAGUGCCAGGCACUGAGCCUACGGACGAGGCAGGGGGCGCGCUGUGCAAACAACGCUUCCUGCUCCUCGGGAGAGCGGGAGCGAACGCUUCCGUGAAGCAAGUGGGGCUGGACCCGGCAGCCAGCCGCGGAGCAGAGGGAAGAGCGCCAGCACCCGGCCCGGGACCGACGUGUCGCGCAGGGACGGAUAAGCGGGCUCCGGGCAGGGGGCGGGGGCAGAGGCGUGGCCCAGGGCGGAGAGGGACCAGCCCCUGCCCGGGAGGCGGUACCGUGGUCCGGCCCGUCCCUCCCGGUCGCUGCGGGCCGCGGGGGGGGCGGUGUCGGCGCGGUCGGGUGUGUCUGGCCCCGCUUUGCGUUGCGCCGCACCGCCCCGCCGGCAGCGCUGCCCGCGGGCUGCCCCGCAUGCAGCCCGCCCCGCGGCCGCCGCCAUGGCGGAGGAGCGGGCCUGCUGCGUGGUCAGCGUCUCCGGCCCAACCGACGGCCCCUGGAGCUGCAGCGGGGUGGUCCUGAGCCGCGGCCCCGGGCUGGUGCUGUGCCAAGGCGCCGUCUUCGCCCCGUUCCUGCGGGACGGCCCCGCCGCCUGGGCGCAGCCCCGCGCCCUGCUGCCUGCCGACCUCCGGCCCUGCCCGCGCCUCCUCGUCCUGCAGCCCUCGGCGGGGACCCGUGCCCCGGCCCUCGGCCUCGACCCCUCGGCCGGCGGCCUGCAGCAGCAUGAGGCCCGGCUCUUGGCCCUGGUGCCCUGCGGCGCCUUCCAGCAGGCGCUGGGGCGAGCCUUCGGGCCGGCCGAGCAGUGGCGCUUCGGCGGGGAGGCGGCGGGGGACGACCUGGAGGCCCUGCACUGGUUCGCCUGGCUGCGGGUGCCCGGCCUCGACACCCCCGGGGAGGGCUGGAUCGCCCGGGCGAGCGCCAGCUGCCUGCGCAAGGGCGAGGGGCUGCUGGCCUGCGGGUCCCCCUUCGGCGACCUCUGCCCCGACCUGUUCCUCAACACCCUGAGCAGGGGGGUGGUGAGCAACGUGGCCGGGGAGGAGAACGCCCUCAUCCUGACGGACGCGCGGUGCCUGCCCGGCACUGAGGGCGGCGGCGCCUUCCUGCCCUCGCCCGACGGGUCUCGCUUGGUGGCCGUCAUCGCCGCCUCCUUGUGCUGGAAGGGUGCAGAGUGGGUCGGGCUCACCCUGCUCUGCUCCCUCGCCGCCAUCCUGCGCAGCAGCGCCAGCGUCCUGGGCGAAGCAGGGGUUGUGGUGCCGCCGGUGCCGGGGCGGGUGGCCGCGGUGCCGGCAGGCGGCGGGCAGGACCCGCUGGGCUGGGUGGCGCUGGUGGAGUGCGGGGCAGUGUGGGGCUCGGGGGUGCUGCUGGCCCCACGGCUGCUCCUCACCUGCCGGCACGUGGUGGAGGCGGGCGCCCCGCUCAGAGUGACGCCGGCACCGGGCCCCGGCCGGCCUGCCACCACCCUCAAUGGACGCUUGGUGUUCGCCACCCAGGAGUCAUCCCCCUUCGACGUGGCAGUGGUGGAGCUGGAGGAGAGCGUGCCCGGCUUCGUCCCUCUCUGCCUGGCAGACACCUUUCUCCCAGGAUGCUCAGGAUAGAGACAAAACAGAGCACUGCACUUCCUCACGGGAGAAGCAGCAGCUAGAGGCCAUGGAAGCAGCAAAGCUGACCCUCACAGAGGCUGCUGCAGUUGGAAAUAAAGCUGGAUUUAAGAAAAUUGUUAUUUUCAACUUUAUGGUUAAUGAUGAACUGUGCUCCUGACCUGGGCUCCAAUGAGUCUUGCUGCUGAGGAAAAUGAUGGCAUAAAGCAACUUCCUUCUUCCUCUGUGCACUCAAGACACGUGGAUCUGCAAGCAGGGUGGCCAGCCUCCAAUGCAGCCUAGGUGGGGAAAGAAGCAGAGCAGUAGAUAUCGGUUUUACCAAGUUUUAGCCAAGCUCUAAAGCAUCAGGUUAUAUCUUACAAAGCUGUAACACUGCCUGGUUUAAUGGGAUUUCAAUUCAUUGGUGCAGGACCACGCAUAAACCACAGUUUUAUCAUGCUCAGUAUGAAACUGUUCUAAUUAUAUUUAUGAACAAUGAUAGAUGAUAAUCCGUCCCAGUAUAUUUUCUUCUGGCCCUCACUCCCCAAAAAGCAGUAGGUGUGUUUUAUUUAUGUGAGUAGCUCCCUUGUGUAAGGGUGAGGGGAUACAACACCCAACUCUGCCCCUCUCGUUCGUGUAAGUGCUUGUUUCAAAAGCACUGCCGGCAAAGCAGAGCUGCCACUCCACCAGACUCACAUGUGUGCUUAACAUUAUACAAGGGGAUCAAGCGAGGUGUGAAUUUAAGUACAUGCACAACGGUUUGCUGGAUCACAGCCUAACCUACGGCUCCACAGAUGAAAGAAAAAGACCAGAACCCUUAAUUCUGUCCGGGAACAGGGGUGUGAAACUAACUUAGCCGUGCCAGGCUAGAGCAGCGGGAUAAGCCGCUUACCACCGAAAUUCAACCAAUUUCCAAACGCUCACAGAAAUAAUUGUCCUUAAAACACAUCUGCACUAGUGGGAAGUGGAGGAGUAUCCUUAGAUCAGCCCCUUCCUUGUAGAAAAGUCGUGUUUGCUUCCAUGCCAAGAUGCUGUUCGGAAGGUCAAAGCUAGUCCCAUAUUAGGGAGGUGAGAGGGCUCAGUCCCAAAGCCUGCUGCACUGUGAGCCCACCUCAGUGAAGAACAACUUGGAAUAACCCAGCAGAAAGCAGGAGCUUUCUGAGGUGCAUCUCCCUUCCUGCACAGGCAGCACAGCUGGUGGCUGUGCGAGCAGCUCCCAGGUCUGUUCUUUGGGCGGCUGAUGAGAUUUGCCGAGUACCUCUUCAGGCUGGCAGGAAGAUGACAGCAACCGGUGUCAAGUGCUCUCAGCACCUACCUGCAUCAGGCUGCUAGCGAGCAUGCCAGUGCUCUGCUUGCUGAGGAAACGGUUUCGAGUGACCCUUCCUCCUUCACUUCGAGAGCACAAAGGCAUUUGGCUGCAAGAAAAAGCAGAGACAAAAAGCCCCACAGCUGUAAUUGGGUGCAAGCACAGAUGCCACAGUAAAAGGCAACGGGCACAACCACAUAUAAUUUGAUUUCCUGGCACGCAGGCUUGAAGGCAGAGAUAGUCAGUUUGGUCUUGGAAACACAACUGGCAAGGCAUCUGGGGGAAAAAAAGAAAGCCACUCCAAAUCCUGACCACCUCUCACUGCUGUUCAGGCAUGCAGUCAGAGCAUGGACACACCAGCUCACUUUGGGAAGAAGGAAAUGGGAUUAAAACCUCUUAUAAACAAUCACUAGUACAAGUGGGUGUUGAGGGAGCAGCCCCAUCCCUAGCUAACACACUCUCCACCUCGAUGGCAGCAUGAUUCCACAUUGAUGGCAGCAACUAGGAAGGGGCAGUAGCAGCUGCUGUCACUGCCAGGUUGUUGCAGAACAACUUAACACCAGCAUCUUCCAUUUUUCAAAUCAUUCAUCCUCGGGCAAGUUGAAAGCUUGUGUUUCUAUUCAUACUGAACGUGGAGAUUUACAAGAGCAAA